UCCUUUCACCGGUUGUCCCCGUGUCGGAAGCUUUCUCCGGCAUGGAAGGAGUCGGGGAACCGAGAAGCAGCCCCACCACAUGCUUCAGAUCGAUGCGUUUCCAUCUCAGCCUGAAAUCAUUGACAUAUUUCCUCAUUCUCCUGACAAUCAUCAAAUUAGUUCUGCUCAAGAGCUACUAAAUUAUUUUCGUUGAUAACAUAAUGGUUUAAGAUUACGCAUCCGUGCAUCUCCAUGUGCAUGUGACUGGGUUUAUAUGUACAGAUCCUAAUACUAGGUUACAAAGUCUGUGAUCGUUUCUAACCGGUAGUUUAUUACUGGUCUGGACAAAUAAAGUCUGCUCUUCCGACUGAAAUGAGAUUAUAAUAUUCUGGAUAAUUGUGAAAGGUGCAAAAAAUUCAGGACUGAAAAAGAAUUUUUUUCUAAUCAACUUUGACGAUGGGGCAGAUCCUCGUCAACCUGUCCACUGGAGCUCUGCUGCUUCUGGGGCUGUUGACGUCGUGUCCGAACACUGUGCAGGGUAUGCGCGGACCACACCACCCACGAAAUAGUCCCAAAGUUGUCAGUCCAGGCCACACCCACGGCCAGCAACACAACCAUUACGUGCCCCGCGUUAGUCCGGACCAGCCAGCCCCCAUCCUCACCCACGAUAAGAACGUGCUUCACGAUCAAGAACAUAUUAAGGAAGAUCUCGGGGAAUGGGUGACCGCUGAUGGAAAAGAAAUGACUCCGGAAGAAAUGGAGUUUCACUAUUUCAAGAUGCAUGACUUCGACAACAACAGUCUGCUCGACGGCCUCGAAAUUUUACAAGCGAUUUCUCACAUUAUGCCUGAUGAUGGGGAUGGUGUGGACCUGGGCAAAGGAUCUGCAGCUAUCAAUGCAGAAAAUCAAAAAAGAAUGACCACUGAAGAAGAGAGACAAAAACAAACGGACGAUGACUUUAACUAUUACAUUGAGCUAAUUGAUCGAGUACUUGAGGAGGAUGAUUUGAACAGGGACGGAUACUUGAGUUAUUUCGAGUAUGCGGUUGGACGACGCAGAGAUGAUAAAAGAGAAAAAGCCUUACGAUCCUCAAACCCAAGCCAAAUCUAAAAAUAGCAAACAAAUCAGUCUAUAUUUUUUGAUCACGGUCAACAUUUGCUCUGUUGAUCAUCGUUAUGAUUUAUUUCAGUUAGGUAUAUGUGUAUAAGUAAAAGAGCAUUGUUGUUGUUGUUAUUAUUCUAAUGUUAUCUAAAAAUAUUCUGUUUGUUACUUAAUUAAGUAUUAGUCAUUUAUACUUUACAACAUGAAUGGCUACGCAUGCCCAUACUGACAAUAAAUAAAUAAAAAUCCUAAAAAUUAA